GCAGCGGGGGCAAAUGGCGGCGCGAUGGUCCAGGGCCCUGCUCGCAGCACCGCCGCCAUCGUAGUCGUCGUCCUCCCCCCGGCGCGCAGGAAGCGGCGGCGCAGGGGGCGGCGGAGGCGACGCCGCGUCCUCCCGCCUUAGGCGGGCCGCGGAGAGUCGCUCGGCCCCGGCCGGCGGCUGAGGAGGCCCUGCCCGCCGCUCCUCCCGGGCCUCCUGAGAGAAUAUGAAACAGGCGUCAAAAUGACAUCCAGAUUUGGGAAGACAUAUAGCAGGAAAGGUGGUAAUGGCAAUUCAAAAUUUGAUGAAGUUUUUUCAAACAAACGGACCACUCUCAGUACAAAAUGGGGAGAAACUACCUUUAUGGCCAAGCUAGGCCAAAAGAGGCCCAACAGCAAGCCAGAUAUUUCCGAGAUCCCUAAGAAACCCAAAGUAGAAGAGGAAGCAAUAGAAGAUCCAUUUGGAUUUGACAGCGAUGAAGAAUCUUUGCCAGUUUCUUCCAAGAACGUGUCCCAAGCCAAAGGCUCUGCUCAGUUGGAGUCACUUGAAGCUUCUCAGCCUGGAGACUUCUCUUCUGUACUUGAGUCUAAUAGCAAAUUUCCUCCCUUGGUUGGUGAAGAUGCCUUGGCCAGCAAAAUGGUGUCUUUUGAUAAUGCCGUGCAUGAUUUGAAAGAGAAGAAUUUGGCCAGAAACGCAGCAGAAGAAGACUUCAGAAGUAGCAGUGCUAUCCCUCUAGCCGCAGAUACUGCACUGAGUUAUCCCGAGGACAACGAGAACAGCCAUUUCCUGUACAAGAAUGCUGAAGACAAUAGCGUUAACGCUCAAAUAGCAGAAAUUUCUGGAUACAACAUUGAACUCAAGGAAUCGCAUGACUCUUGGGAUUGCCAUAUUGCCAACAGAGACUCUCCCUUGGACGUAUCUCAUACUAAAGGGUCGCUAAUAACUGGCUUAUAUGAUUGGGAAGAUGAGAACGAGGAUGCCCAAAGAGGAGAAUAUAUGUUAGGAUUUGAUGAUGAUCCGCUUUCAGAGAUAAAACACAAGGACGAAGAGCUAGUCAAGGAAGAAAUGGAGAGCCCAAAGGAAGCCAUUAACGAAGAACUGAUGCAAACUGUUCUCAGGCCGAGUAACUGUCGGACAUACUGUAGAUCAAGCAAAACGAAAUUGCAGGGAAUGUCAAAUUUUGAUAAGCUGCUGGAUGGCACUCUUCAACCUCUAGCCAAAGCAAACAGUGAUUCAAAUGCAGAUGGUGUGAACCCAGUAAGAAAGGUUGCUCUAAGUAGUGGGACCAGUUUUAAAGGCACAGGAAGGACUAGAGACUACACUGUUCUCCAUCCAUCCUGCUUAUCGGUUUGCAACGUCACCAUACAAGACACCAUGGACCGCAUGGAUGAAUUCACCACAGCCGCGCCCACUGACCUGGGGGAAGCAGGCCGUCUACGGAAGAAAGCCGACAUCGCUACGGCCAAGACGACAACUCGAUUCCGACCUAGCAAUACCAAAUCCAAGAAAGACGUCAAAUUAGAAUUUUUUGGCUUCGACGACAACGACGAAGGCGGGGGUGGCGAAGGCGGGUCCAGAACCUCUGGGAGCUCCAAUUACAAAAUUAAAUACUUUGGGUUUGAUGACUUAAGCGAAAGCGAGGAUGAUGACGAAGAACGACUAUUGGAGCGGAAAGUCAAUAAAAAAAGAAGCCAAACCACAGUUGCCGCUUCUUCGCAACAAUCCACUUCGGAUGGAAAUGAGAGCUAUUCCCAGGAUAGCCAGUCAAGUUCCAAUUCAGAAGAGCCUGAAGCUACUGUGGUUUUAAGUCAAAAGAAGGUGGCUGUACGUUUUCCUGGAGAUAAAAUAGAGCUGAUGGACUUUGCAGAAGAUUCAUCCAGUGUUCUGGAAAGCAAUAAGAAAUCUACCAAUUCGCAAGGCGAUAAGUCUAAAGAAAAUACACGAAAAAUAUUUAGUGGACCAAAGAGGUCACCAACAAAAGCUGUGUACAAUGCUAGACAUUGGAAUCAGCCGGAAUCUGAGGUUCUUCCAGCAUCACAAGUGCAGAAAAAUCCCAACGUUCCAGCAAGGUCUUCAAAAGAGGCAGUUCCUAAAGACGAUGGGGUAUUCAAAGCUCCAGCACCACCACCCAAAGUGAUAAAAACUGUGACUCUACCAACCCAGCCCUAUCAGGAGAUAGUAACUGCCUUGAAAUGUAGGAAAGAAGACAAAGAAUUAUACACUGUCGUACAACACGUGAAACACUUCAAUGAUGUGGUAGAAUUUGGAGAAAACCAAGAGUUCACGGAUGAUAUUGAGUAUUUAUUAAGUGGACUGAAGAGCAAUCAGCCCCUAAACACCCGUUGCCUUAGUGUUAUCAGUCUGGCGACCAAGUGCGCCAUGCCCAGUUUCCGAAUGCAUUUGAGAGCACAUGGAAUGGUUGCGAUGGUCUUCAAAACACUGGAUGACUCACAGCACCACCAGAACUUGUCGCUUUGUACAGCAGCUUUAAUGUAUAUCUUGAGCAGAGAUCGCUUAAACAUGGAUCUAGACAGAGCCAGCUUAGAUUUAAUGAUCCGACUUCUGGAGCUCGAGCAGGAUUCCUCCUCCAAGUUGCUUAACGAAAAAGACAUGAACAAAAUCAAGGAAAAAAUCCGAAGACUCUGUGAAACUGUUCAUAAUAAACACCUGGAUCUUGAAAACAUAACGACCGGUCAUUUGGCAAUGGAGACCCUUCUCUCUCUCACUUCAAAGCGGGCAGGUGACUGGUUUAAAGAAGAGCUGCGACUUCUGGGAGGUCUUGACCAUAUUGUAGAUAAAGUUAAAGAGUGCGUGGAUCAUUUAAGCAGCGACGAGAAUGAAGAGAAAUUGGUGGCUUCACUCUGGGGAGCAGAAAGAUGUUUACGGGUCUUGGAAAGUGUAACAGUUCACAAUCCGGAGAAUCAGAGCUAUUUAAUAGCAUAUAAGGAUUCACAGCUCAUCGUCUCUUCAGCUAAAGCAUUACAGCACUGUGAGGAGCUAAUCCAGAGAUACAACCGGGCAGAAGACACCAUCUGUCUUGCAGACAGUAAGCCACUGCCUUACCAGAAUGUAACCAACCACGUGGGUAAGGCAGUAGAAGACUGUAUGAGAGCCAUCAUUGGUGUCUUACUCAAUUUGACAAACGAUAAUGAGUGGGGCAGCACCAAGACCGGGGAGCAAGAGGGCCUCAUUGGCACUGCUCUGAACUGUGUGCUUCAAGUUCCAAAAUUCCUACCUCAAGAACAGAGAUUUGAUAUUCGGGUUCUGGGUUUGGGUCUUUUGAUCAAUCUGGUUGAAUACAGCGCAAGAAACAGACAUUGCCUUGUGAAUAUGGAAACAUCGUGUUCCUUCGAUUCCUUCUGCUUGGGAGAAUCUGAUGAGAGUUUAAGCACAUCUGGACAAAUGGCAGCUGUUCAGGCUUUAGUACAGUUGUUCCUGGAGAGAGAGAGAGCAGCACAAUUGGCCGAGAGCCAGACCGACGAGCUGAUUAAAGAGGCUCCCACCGCACAGCAUGACCAGAGUGGGGAGUGGCAGGAGACCAGCGGGGAGAUUCAGUGGGUCUCCACGGAAAAGCCAGAGAACGCUGAGGAGAAAGAGAAGAAAGAAGAAGAAGAAGAAGAGCUGGAUCUUAAUAAAGCCCUUCAACAUGCCGGAAAGCACAUGGAAGACUGCAUUGUGGCCUCUUACACAGCACUGCUGCUAGGUUGCCUCUGCCAGGAGAGUCCAAUCAAUGUGACUACUGUAAGGACAUACUUACCCGACGGGGACUUCUCAAUCAUGACUGAAAUGCUCAAAAAGUUUCUUAGUUUCAUGAACCUUACUUGCGCAGUUGGAACCACAGGCCAGAAGUCGAUCUCUCGAGUGAUUGAAUACUUGGAACACUGCUAGUUACCCCCGUUGGGCCACAGGCACUCGGAGGAGGGGGCUUUUUCUCUUAGAAAAAGCAGAGGAGGUGGCGACCGGCGUGCUCGGGGGAUGCGUCAAGAGCAUUCCUCAAGUCUCAUUUUCUCUUUGGAUUUUUAAGGCUACCUGGUCUCCCCACCACAUCUGGCAUUUUCCGAAGGACCGCUACCGCUUCAAUCUGCAAAUUUAUCAAAAACGAGAGAAGGAAAAGAUCUGGGGACCGAGAGAACUCACAAUGUUUUCUAGUUAACUCAGCGCAGUAUUUCCAUGUAUUUGGCAAAGUUUUAUCCACCCUCUUUAUUUGUCUGGCUUUUUUGUGACAACCUUCGAAGGGGAAAAAAAAAAAUAACGUACUGCGGGUAAGGCAACUGCUGUUUACUGUUGAGCCACUGUUCUUCUUUUCAUGCCAGCCAGGGGCGAAGGCAGCUUUAGCUACUGAGGUAUCGAGGAAAAAAAAAAUUCAAAUAAAAAUGCUCUGGGCAGCAGCGUUAGCUCUGAUUUGAGUUUAAUUUGCUCUUGUUUUUUGAAAGAGAUUAUUCCAAAACGAUUUAAAAAAAAAAAAGACAUAGAAAGAUUUUUUUAAAUACUUUUUGCGAUCUUAACUACUGUCUAUAUUUAAAAAUGUGUUGGAAUCCAAAGAGGUUGAGGCUCGGAUAGUUUAUUUUUUAUACUGCUUUGAUUGAAAAUUGAGUUGUUGGAAGCUACUUCUCAGUUUUUGCAAUUAUUGUGGCCUAAGUACUGUAAACUGAUGGACCGUAUCACGUCAGAGCUCUGAGAGGCAUGCAGAGAGAAAAAGAUCCCCUCCCGGCCGGUGUCUAUAUCUAUAUUUUUUUAAAAAUGCAGUAAAACAUGCCCUGCUAAAGGUUAGUGUGAAACCAUUUUCAAUCCAGGGUAGUUUACACUUUGGAGUAAGCAAAAACUUCUUAAAUGCUGUCAGUUUGUUUCAAAGAAACAUGGAGCUAAAACCAUCCGGCGGAUAAAUCUUUCCAGAUAAGGUAAUCUUUCUAUAGUUUGAGUUUUGAGCAGGUAAAACGCAUACAAUACAAAGCCUUAAAUAGCUGAAUAUAGCAAAAAUUUUGUUCAGUGUAGAGUCUAGUUCACAGCAAAGGAUUGUGUUGAGACUUUUGUGGAACAAAGAUCCCUGCAAAAUACUUUCUUGUUUCAUUCCGUUGUGUUUUUGAACAUUAGGGACUCUCUUGCACUCAUCGUCCCGACGGAAUUGCUCAUGACUUUUAUUAAGCUGGUCUUGAAUCUUCACAAAAGUUUCUCGGGGACAUGUGUGUGUCACCGACACUUUUCACAUUACCUGUGUUAGGUAGUUGCAUCAUCUUACUUUGAAUUUGUAAAACUUGAAGCCAUAAAAAAAAAAAAAUUAAGUUCUAUGUAUAAUGAGGGAAGGGAGAAAUAACAAAAAAUCUAACCUGCUUUUUAGAUCUUGUUAUCUCCAUGUAUAAAAUUACAAACGUGCUUUUGUAUCAGUGCAAGCUGUACAUUUUUUUACACACAGUGGCUGCCUUCUAUGUCUUCCUAUUUUUGAUAAUGCAGAUUGUUGGGAAUUCAGUAUGGAAGUAAGUGAUUAGAAACAAAAGCUUAUCCUCUUCUUUUUUUUAAAGAAAAAAAAAACAUGUUCUCACCACUUUAAAGAAAACCAGGCACCCCCUUCCGUCCCCAAAAACGUACCAGUGUAACUUAGAAAAGACGGCUAAGGCUGUGUGUUUGCCCUUGGGUGAAGGACAAGGGAGAAACAACCGAAUAAAGCUGAACUUGUAAAUUAUUUUUGCGAUGCAGGAUUUUUUUCUGGAUAUUUUUUUUUUUUUGGCAUUUUUAGUUUAUAGAGCAAACGGCUUCCAGUUUGAGUUUGAUUUCAUGUAGCUUUUAAGUUAGGCUUUUUGUGCGUGCGCCAUGGCAAAGGACGAUUAAAUGCAAUUCUGGGGGAAUCAGGACCCACCCUUCUCUGUUACACUGGUAAUGACCUGAAUGGGAAUUGAUUAAAGUCUUGUGUUGACAGUUUUUAAUUAACAGGCACUGAAUGGAUGCAGAUGGUCUUUGGGGGGGGGGGGUUUAAAGGGUCAAGGGAAACGCCCCCUGUGGAGCUGCAGUGUAUUUUCUUGUUUAAAACCCUCAUCAAACUGCAUUUCAAUGGGUACUUGAGGCCAACCUUCAAAUUGAAAAGUUUUUAAAAUAAAACUUUUUUUUCCCACUGUAAAUAUAUGUGUAAAUAAGCGCAAUUGGAAACUAGAACCGUAGAAGAGUACUUUUCUGAAUCCAAUCCUAUUUUUAUUUUAUACAGUAUUUCUCAGCUGUGAUCUUUGGAGCAAAAAGCCAACGGCAGGAAUAAUAGUUUGUACCAGUUUCAUGAAGUAUGUCUUUUGGUUUUUGUAAAUAAUUUUAACUCGAAAUAAAAAUUGCUACUUUCAAUACAUAAACCCA